AAAAAGAGAGAUAGCAAAAAUUUCCGAAUUUUUAUUAAUAGUAUCUGUAUUUCAAAUAUCUUACUAUUUCUUUUUUCUUCAAUAAUGAGCGACGAUUUAGAAGAAAUAAAUUUUGAUUACAUUGUAUUGGGAACAGGAUUAAUAGAGUCAAUUCUAGCUGGAUCAUUAGCUAGAAUCGGUAAAAAAGUCCUUCAUUUGGAUAGCCAUCAACAUUAUGGCAGUAAUUGGAGUGUUUUUGGUUUUCGAGAGUUAAUAAAAUGGUAUUUGGAUAGAACUCAGGAGAUAGAAGAGCAAGUCAUUGAAGGGGAUUUAAGUAUAAAUUAUGAACGUAGUUAUAGUUCAAAUUUUAAAAACGUUCAGCUUAAAAUUUGUGGAGAUAAACUAGUAACAAAAGAACUCGAGGAAGGAAAUUCAGCAGAGAACCUUAGUAAAAAACCAUCUAAUGAAGCAGACAAAGCUCUUUUUGAUGCUUAUUUUAAAUUAACUUCUUCAACUGAAAAUGAGUUGCCAUGUGAGAUGAAAUUAUUCAAUUAUUUAUUGAAAAAUUCUCGCUCCUACAAUCUAGACACGACACCUAAAUUGUUAGGAGCUCGUGAAGAACUAGUAGAUAUUUUGAUCCGUAGUGGUGUAGGACGCUACUUGGAGUUUAGAAAUGUGGAUGAUGUAUAUAUUUUUGAUGAUUCUAUUAAAUUCUUUGAAAAGGUUCCUAGUUCUAAAGAAGAUGUUUUCACGAAUAAGUCAGUUAGCUUAGUUGAAAAGAGAAAAUUAAUGAAAUUUUUAACUUUUGCUAUGGAAUAUGAUAUAAAAGAUCCAUUAUUUGAAGGUACAGAUAACUUAAACUAUGGACAAUUUCUUACUGAAAAGUUUAAAAUUACUGGGAAAUUGAAAAAUGCUAUCAUAUAUGCUAUUGCCCUUGUGAAUGAGAAAGUUUCUAUAAAACAUGGCUUAGAUAGAACCCAUCAAUUUGUUCGAGCUAUGGGUAGAUUUGGAAAAGGUGCUUAUCUUUGCCCUCUUUAUGGAGGAGCAAGUGAAAUCGCUCAAGCAUUCUGUAGAGUAUGUGCUGUAUAUGGUGGCAUUUAUAUUCUAAACGAAGCACUAGAGAGAUACGUAAUUGAUGAGAAGACGAAUAAAUGUACAGGAAUAAUUACAAAGGAAGGGAAAGAAUAUAAAGGUCAGAAAAUAAUUGCUGGUAUUGACUAUUUGAAUUAUUCAUGGUUGCCUCAUGAAGAUAAUCUUAGUACUUGGAUUUCUAGAGCUAUUUUAGUAACAGAUACACGAUUAGAGACAAUAAAUUGUGAGGGCUUAAGUUAUAGUAUAUUCCCACCUGGUAGUGAAGCAGGUAAUAUAGAUGAGCCUAUUUAUGGAAUUCAUCAAAAUGACGAAAUCAUGGCAUGUCCUAAAAACCAAUAUGUUACCUACUUAUGGACAACUUCAAAAAAUGAAGAUGCACUUAAAAAGGCGAUUGAUUUAUUAACGAGUCAAGGCAAGCAGCCAUUUAUCAAUGUAUUUUAUAAGCAGCGCGUUCGUAAUUUGAACAUGUUUGAAAACUCUGGAAAAUUACCGAAGAACAUCAUACCAUGUAGUGAUCCUGAUGCUACUUUAGAUUUUGAGACUGCUAUAAAAGAAGCACGCAAUUUAUUUUAUGAAUGUGAAUCAUCUGAUGCAGAAUUUAUGCCUUCUGUAGAACAAGAAAAUGAAGAUACUUUUGAUUGAUAAAAUAAAUAGAAUAGUAAUUUAUACAAAUACGUAUCGUAUAUAUGAUAUGUGGUAAUACUUUAAUUCAAUGUUUUUGUAUCUUUCUCCUGCCGUUAAAAUAUAGCCGGCCAAAAUCAAAUAAACGGAAUAGGGUAUACAUAGGCUAUUUGUAAUAAAAAAAAAAACAAUCACUUUAUUUUUUUAUAUAUCUCAGGAGUAGAUAGUAAGGCUAAUUGAAGUACGAUGACAUUUGCUGCAGAAUCAAGUAUCGCAGACUAAAGUCCCUUAACUUUUUUUUUUUUUUU